AUGAAAGGGGACGAUAAAGAUAAGGUGAAGAUGAUUACUCAGAAUAUUAUAGAGCUUUCAGGAUUACUGCUAUUGUACUGGUGCAACAACUUCCUGAAGACACAGUGUGUAGCUGAACAGGCAAGUUUGGCAUCUGUACACAACCUCGAUGAACAUAGCUUCCUGCAGAAUUUGCUUCGAGUCACGGGCAUAUCAUACGCUUGGCUUGGUGCCUACAACCUCCAGGGAACAUGGCGCUGGAUUGACAGAACUCGGUUCUCCUACAGUAACUGGUACUCACUAAGCAGUGUAUCCAGCUACCCGUGUGUUUUCAUAAGGAACAAUGUUGGCUGGUCUAACACUAACUGUGUAAAUAGAUAUCCAUUCUUCUGUUCUACUGACCCAAGCAAAUGCUAA